AUGCUUGCCGCUUUAAUAGCACUCCAUGCCUUGACGUACAAACUCAAAGACCAGUAUGUCGGUCCUUCCUUCCUGGACGGCUUCGACCAUUGGCCUUACUCCGACCCUACCCAUGGACGGGUGAACUACGUGGAUCAGGCUACUGCGAUCGUCAACAACCUCACCUUCGCUGAAGGCAAGACGUUCGUCAUGCGCGCGGACGACACCACCGUUCUGGACCCGAACGGGCCGGGGAGGAACAGUGUGAGGAUCCAGAGCAAGAACAUGUACAGCGUGGCGGUGAUGGUCAUGGACAUCCGCCACAUGCCGAAUGGCUGCGCUACUUGGCCGGCUUGGUGGACUUGCGGGAACAACUGGCCCUAUGGUGGGGAGAUCGACAUCAUCGAAUACGUGAACGGUCAGUCCCCGAAUCAUAUGACGCUCCACACGAGCCCGGGAUGCACUCAGCCGCAAUCGCGAACGAUGACCGGGACAACCACGUCCACAGACUGUGAUGCCAACGUCAACUAUAACGAAGGCUGUGGCGUGCAAUCCGGAAACUCUGCUUCUGCUGGCAGUGGGUUCAACAGCAUCGGUGGUGGGUGGUAUGCAAUGGAGCGGACCACAUCCUCCAUCUCCAUCUGGUUCUGGCCACGCAACUCCCGCACCGUGCCUACCGUCGUCAAGGGAGGGGCGAGGGCAGUCAACACGAAAUUGUUUGGCACACCGGAUGCGACAUUCGUCAACAAUCAAUGUGAUUUUAACAGCCAUUUCCAGCCGCACAACAUCAUCUUUGACUUGACGCUGUGUGGUGACUGGGCGGGCAACAACUACCCUGCGAGCUGUCCCAGCAAUUGCGUCGAUUAUGUCAACAACAAUCCAGCAGCUUUUUCUGAUGCAUACUGGGAUAUUGCCGCCCUAAGGAUAUACGAGUAG